AUGGUCUUCCUACGUCUUCGAGUCAAGGUCUACCCGCGCGAGCAGGUUGCGCCUACGCCAUCCUUCUCCUUCCGCUCGAUCCUCGGUGAUCGCGAUCGCGAUCGCGAUGACGCCAGCCGCAGUGCUAAUGGCUCGGGCGGUGGUAAACCCGUGGCUUUUCUGCUUGUGCUUGAGAAACCGGAAGAUAUUACGCUGGGCGGACUGGCUGGGUUGAUUCAGGAUAAGUGGAGGAAGUUGAGACCUAAUGCGGAACCUCUGGACAUUAAGAAACUCCUCGACGACGAUCAUGAAUCCGAUGACCUCGAUGCCGAUAUGACUGUCGCGGAAGUGUUUGUCGAUAACGGUAGAGCACGCCAAGAUAUGUCCGACCAGCGGGGUACCGUUCGUGUGAUACAGAAGCCUGGUCAAUAUGCCCCUGUGCGGUUCCCCUCCGUCACCCAGGACUGGGAUGCCGCUGCGCAGAACUUUGAGCGCCAGAUCCAGGUCAAGAAGGAGGCUGUUAAGAAGGCGAUGGAUCAGAUUCCGACUAUCCAUGAAGAGGAGGGUAAUGAGUAUUCGAAUGCUGGCUCUGCUAGUGCACGGUCGUCUGCGUGGAGUCCCUAUGAGAACCGUCGGUCUGAAAUUCCCGUUUCGUCUGUGGAAAAGGAUGAGGUUCCAGGCUCGCCUGCGCCUUGGGAGAAGAGGCCGGUACUGCAUGAGGAGGAUUCUCAGAACCAGGUUGGCAGCAGUAUUGCAGCUACACCUUUGCAUAAGCGUAUGCAGAGCCAGGAAUUAGGGGAUUCCCCAUCGCACACCCCGACGCCUGAAGAGCGCACUGCAUCUAGACACAGUUCCUCGCAAGGAUCUGCAAAACAGCAGGUGAAGCAGGCAACGGAAGGGCAAGCUAAUGGCUCGCAUGAAAUGGAAAGUAUUGAUGGAUCUCUGUCGCCGUUGAGUACUCGGAAGCCACUCCAACGUCGACAAGUACCUGAAACCCAGCCGCCAGCCCCGGUCGUUAAUGUUGACAGUGAGAGCGAGAGCGAGAGCGAGAGUGAAGACGAGACAGGAGACGAAAAUGACGAGAACAUGUCUCCCCCAUCUGCUCAGAAGAACAAGCUCCAGAACGGCGAUGUCGAUAUGCACGAUACGGUGGAACCUACGCAGGAACAGCCGCAGUCCAGCUCGCGCAAGAGGAAGUUGAGCCAGGACGACUUCGAACCGAGCAAGGAGCCCCGCCUUUCUGAGCCAGGAAGCACACAUGAUACCCCCAAGGGCAACAAGCACGGCACGGUGACAGUUGAGGUGAGUCCGUAUACUCCGAGCAAGCGCGCGCGAACCCCAUCAAUUGGAUUUAGCCCCCGCCGAAGCUUUUUAAUGCGUGCCCCAUUCGCGCCCCCAAAACAUGGUCUAGGCUUGGGAAUAACAAAAAGCCCUCCUAACAACCGACUUACACGCUGUUUGACCCAGGACUCGGCCAUCCCCCAACCCGACUUUUUGGCCCCUAAUGGUACCCCGGAGAUCCCCAGCAGCGCCCCUACUAUUCGCCGUGGCUCAGUAUCGCUUGCCCCAUACUCGACGCCGUCGAAGGCCCAGGCCCCCCUUGACAAGGUCAAAAACUUGCACUCCGCCUUGCGCAAGAGCUCCCCUGCUGAACGACCAUCCGAGCGCCGAUCAGUAUCGUUCGCCGAAUCCGACGAGGUAGUAUUUGCUGGGUCUCAACCAGUGCCAAAGUCGAACCCUCAGAGUACCUCGAAAGCUCAUGCCAAGGGUUCAGACGCCAACCGGAGGACGUCCGAUCCAAGCUCUAUGGUUUUCCCUGCUUCUGUGCCCAAAGAGCGGCUGGACCAGCUCUUGGAAGAAGCAAACAGGAAAAUCGAGCAGGAUAAGCAGUACGAAGAGGAGUUGCAGGCUAAAUUACAGACCGCACGCCAGCAGAAAGGCAGUGCUGCGUAUAUCCGCAAGCUACAGGAACUGUCGGACGCAUGGACGGCUCUCAAGAAGGCCGAAAAGCACCAAAAGACGAAAACGGUAGCUCAGCGUAAGUUCGACUCGCUUCAGAAAGAGGUCGACAAGCUCGAGGCUGCGCAGAAAUCAAAGACAGCUUCUGCCACACCGCAGAAGAAACAGCAGUCUACGACACCACGCUCUCAGCCCGCUGAUGCCGCCAAAUUGCCGACGCCGCAUGACACGAAAGCUGCGAAUGGCACCAAAUCUCCAGCUUCGGAAAGCCGUGCUCAGCCUCAGAAGACUUCUCCUGCGCAAAUGCGGACCAGGUCAGCUAGCAAGGUGGACGCUUCCCCGAAGAUUGCCAGCGAGCCUCAGAGCUCUCUAGUUUCAGACAACCUGGACCUGCCGCCCAUGAGCAGAACCGUUCACAGAGCCGGCUCUUCCAAACCAGAUGGAACACCAGCCCGUGCAAGUACGGUGAAAUCGCCCGAGAAGGCUCCUAAGCCGUCCCCGCAGGCACCGAUCGAGCUGUCGUCUGAUUCAGAAGAGUCCGAGGAAUCCGAAUCGGAAUCAGAGUCAGAGUCGGAGUCCGAGGAAGAGGAAGAGAAGAAGCCUGCGAUCCGUCAAACAGCCUCUUCACCAGUGAAAGGCAACACCGCAACACCCACCCAAGUUCCAGCCUCGCAACCAGCUCCGUCGCAGACAUGGGCACGUCCUUCAAGCGCAACGCGCACGACGCGGACGACACUAAAAUCAUUGAUCCAGAACCAGAAGAAGGAGCUGGAAGCGAAAACGCAGCCGAAACGGGCGGCAAACUCGCUGCCACAGAAGCGAAGUGUGUACUCGCCGCCAUCAGAUGAUGACAGCGAUAGUGAAAGCGAGAGCGAGAGUAGCAGCAGCGACAGCGAUAGUGAUUAA